AUGGAGAUCUGGCUUGUGAGGCACGGUGAGACUUUUGGCAAUAAGCAAAGAAUUGUGCAAGGUCAUAGCGGAGGGAAAUUGACGAAAUUAGGGGAGAGGCAAGCAUUAUUGAACCAGAAGAAGUUGAUGAAUGUGGAUUUUGAUGCCAUCUACGUCAGCGACAGUUUUAGAACUAGACAAACUGCCAAUAUAAUCCUAGAAGGUUCCAAAUACUCCAAAGUUCAUUUAUCCCCUCUCCUUCGUGAAAAAGGCGGUGGAGUAAUGGAAGGCAGGCUUCUCAGCGAGCUCAGGAAACAAGCCGUCAAAUUCGAAGGUGGUUAUCGAAACUAUAAAGCCGAAGGUGGAGAGAGCUGGUCUGAUGUCCAUAUAAGAGCAGAGACGUUCUUUAAUAACCUUUGUAAUCGGUAUUUCAAGGGCGAAGAAGAAAAAUCCAACCUGUACGAUAUCAAACAAGCUGUUGAUAUUGGAGAUGAUUAUAGCUCACUUGGAGGAGAGAAAUGAGUGAAGGAAGAGGAAGGGAAAGAGGGGGAGGAAGAGGAGAAAAAGGAGGUGAAAGUGAAGGGAAAAAAAUCAAAGAUAAACCCUGAAACACGUAAAAUCCUUACAAAUCUCCAAGAAUGGGAAUCCACCCAUCCUAGCUUCAAAAGAAUCCUAGUCGUUACUCAUGGUGGCUAUAUUAUGGAGUUUUACAACACGAUGAAAGAAGUUAAUGGUCAGAAGAUAUCAAAUGAUAAUAACGCCAAGAAUUGUGCACUGUAUAUUUUUGGAGUCACCGGAGGGGAAGCUGGAGGCUUGGGUGCUACUGGGGGAAAGGAUGAAGAGUCAAAAUCAUCCCAUCCAGAGCUUUCAGUCGAUUACCUCCUGAUAAACCACAAAUUUCAUGAUGAGCAAAAGAUCCUUACCUCAACUUCUACCGUGAUGCCAUCUUUUACUUCAAAAUCAUCUGCUUCAACUAGGCCGAAGCCUUUGCCAAAACCUUUGGGCAAACCCUUGGUCAAACCCAAGGCUUCCGGACCAAAGCCUAGCACAAAGAAGAAGGUAGUGAAGACUAAGAAAGAAGAAGGAAAGAAGACGGUGAAAGCAAAGGUGUAUGAGUUUGGAGGAAUGUAAACGACAUUCAUGCAUUUUCAACUG